GUUAAAGCCUCUGAAACAAUCCAUGAUAAUUGCUUUGAAUAAGGAAUAUUUGUCUGGAGAUGAAACCAUAUAUUUAUCAAAUGGAGAUGAAAUUGCAGUAAUUCCUCCAAUCAGUGGUGGAUAAUCCAUUUCUGCAAUGACUGACAUCGUGGAGUUAUCUAAUGAGAAAUUGAAUAUUGAGGGCAUUUCAAAAUCUGUCACUUUACCAAAUUGUGGUGCUGUAUCACUAUUUAUUGGUACCACUCGUGAUCAUUUUGAUGGCAAAGAAGUGUUAAGCUUGCAAUAUGAAGCAUACUGUCCAAUGGCUAAAAAGAAAAUGUUUGAAAUUUGUCAAGAUAUACGCAGCAAAUGGAAUGUUGGAAAAAUCGCUCUUGUACAUAGAUUAGGUGAAGUCCCUGUUGCUGAAGCAAGUGUUGUCAUAGCCAUCUCUUCAGAACACCGCAAGGAAUCUCUUGAAGCAGUUCAAUAUGCCAUUAAUACACUGAAGGCUGUAGUGCCUAUUUGGAAAAAGGAACUUUAUCGGAACAGUUCACCUGAGUGGAAGGAAAAUGCAGAAUGCUUUUGGAAGAAGGAAGGAUGUUGACAUUUCAAAAUGCUCUAACAAUUUAUUUUUUAUGAUAAACAGUUUUUCUAAACAAUAUCCAAUAUUUUAAAAGGGAAUAAAACAACAUAAAUAUUUGAAA